AGAGAGAGAGGUCUGUUUGUGUUUGUCCAUGUCUAACUGUACUUAAGGUGCAGUCCACUUUUCAACAAGGAAAGACUUGACCACUGCUCCUGAAUUUCAAUGCCUAAAUAUUAGCGGAGGUCUCAUUAUUUGGAGUUUUUAAACACUGACUUGUCGUCCAAAAGGUAUUUUGUAUUGCACCUUGAAACUCUGGAUUGACCAGAACCUUAUCACACCUGGCUUGGAAGGAUCACUCGGAUGCUCAGUAUUUCGAUGAACUUGUAAACUGAAAAUUGUUUUUUGUAUUUUUGCAAUCCGAUUUUUUCCCCUCUGGAAUUCUGAACACCUUCGACAGAACUACAUUGCAAGAAGUCGGCCAUUCAGCCCUUUGUACUUUUCCGAUGGCUCAGUCAGACGUCUGGCCAAAUCCGGACCUAUCAAACUCCACUUUGGUCCACAGCCCCGUCACUUUUUCUUCAGAUGCAACCAACCAAAGAGGAGAAAACGAUGGUGACGGACAAGAAGAAAACGAAGAGGUCGAACUUGCUGAAGAGGUCGGGGAGGACAUUUUGUUAAUGGCCGAGGCAACAGAUGCACGAUCUGACAAAGAAAGCGCAGAUCCAGGUGAACAUGAAGAAAUGGGAAUUCUCUCAACGGCCCCGGUACCAAACGAAACGACAGGGGAAGAAGAGGAAGUGCGGGAGAGACGGGAGGAGUGUGGAGUGGCAGGAGAAGAUGAACGGCCCGAUUUAACGGCCGGACAGACGAAAAAAGCGAGCGGCUUCAAAGAGGAGGCAAUGCCAACAGUGGCUUGGAAUUUGUGCCGCAUCUCAGCAGCAGCGAUGCAACUUGAAGAUGACAACAACGACGAGGAAGGUAAUAAAACAGACCAAAACGCCCAGCAUUCGAACAGCGUUGAAAGUACAGAGCUACCAGUGGAAGAUGUAGAAGAAGCCCAGACAGCAAUCGAGAGUUACGUCGAGACCGGUGACAGCAUUCCGAUUUUGCAAAGUGAAACGGAGCAUGUCGAUUGGGAGGAAUCGGCAACCGGGGGGAUUAUCCAGGAACAAGAAGGCUCAAGUGACACAGAGACCGCUGACACCCAAAAUGACUUUUCAACUGCUUUAGUUGAGGAAAGCAAACAUCAUGUGAGUGAAGAUGAAAGACAAGAGGAAGAGAUUGAGAAAGAGACUAAAAUCCAGCAUGAAGACCAGUUCAUCAGAAUCCAAAACCUGUGUCACAUUCCAAGAAUGGUUGAAGCCGAGAAUGGGCGACACGAGGAAGAAAAUAAGGAAAACGGAAUAUGGGAGGAACCCAUCGGGAGCAAAGAGAUCAUCUGGCACGAGGAAAGGUCUGACCAAACAAACAUAGAAGCAGAAGUUCCGGUUUAUCUUUCAACAAUGGACAAAGACGGAAAUGGCAGUCACAAAAAUGAAGAGCACGGAGAGCGAGAGGAACCGAUUGGGAUCGAGAGCCAAUCACAAGGAGAGCAGCAAAGAUCACGUGACAUCAACACGGUGAGCGACGGUCUGGCGAGUCACCGCACAACACCGGAUGAUGACCAAGAUGAAAAUGCCGCAAGUGCAGACCAAAACGCUCAUGAGAUACAGGAAACGGGCGGCGAUGUGACGCAGGAAGAACAACACCUGAUAACACCGAGCCCGGAGGAAGCUGCUCACGGUAUCCAAGCCGCGCUUACCACGACGCAGGAUUCCCAUGAUGAAAAUCCAGAGUCUACGAACGAGGCCGCUCGGAGCGAUCAAGCCGCGGCUACAAAUUCACAAGAGUCCCUCGAAGGCGCAGUGACGAUAGAUGAAGCCGCUCAGAGCACCGGUGUCUCGGCUUCAGUAUCCCAUGAGGACCGGCAAGGCGCGUCGACCACCGGUGAAGACGACGAACAUGUCGAGGCUCCCCGCAGGGUUCCAGCCUCGGUUAAUAAUCCACAGAGGUCUGAUGAAGGUUGGCAGACGGAAGCCGCCGGCACAUCCACCCAUUUAGAGGACCGCGUGAAAGAUGUCGGCAUUGAGUUAGCAAUGGCGCUAGCAAUGGCGCUCAAGGGUAACCAUGAUCCUUGCCAGGCUUCAGAUACAAGUACUGUCAUACCUCAGUGUUCUUCUGCUGAACCCGCCGCCGUCAUUCCGACCGGCCAAUUGAUCGACAUUGUGAAACACGGUGAAACUACCCCAAGCGACAAAACAAACAGCUCAACCAAACAGGACUUGGACAAUACAAUCUUACAGCGGGAGGUCGUGAAUAUGAAGACGCAGGAGUUGGUGACGGUCACAAUGUCUACUUCAGACGAAGAAACGAAACCAAGUCUGGAAACUGAAGACCUACCAGAUCAACCGGAGGAGGACGUUAGUGUUGACGGAUUUGGGACAUCGGAAAUAAAGGAGCAAAAAGAAAAUACUGCCUUCACGGAAGUAGAUGGAGAUGACCAAACCCCAGAGGAGAAAGAAGAGCUGGAUGACAACGUUGCGUUUGACAAUCGAGUUGAGGACAUACAUUUCAUCGCCCGCCAAGAUGCUACACAGCAGGAUGUUGCAUCAGAGGGAGAAGCAAAACUGCCAGCACAGGAGCUCAUGUCAGAGGAAUCCAUAGUUGACGUAUGCGAACAUGCAGGAGAUCGGACCCUCCGGCCUCUCGGCGAACAACGCAGCGAAAGUCACGAUGGGUUCGAUCCAGAAGAAACUGCAGAAACUGCGACCGUUUUAGAUCAUGAGAGUGAAGACACAGACGCGAGUCCUAACAGAGAACUUGAAGAGCUGGGGAAGGUUGAAACAAAAGAGGCCACGGACAGCAGGCCGGAAGCACGUGAAGAUGAGAAACCCGUUACGGAAGAGUUCGAACUGGAUCGAAAUGGAAGCGUCAAAGAAUUGAAACAAGCCACGGAGAACGGGAUACUUUCUUCGGAGACGCAGUCGAUAACGAAGGAAGUGUUGUCCACUCGGAAAAAGGAUAACGCGUGGAUUAAAAUCAAGCAAGGAGAACCGGACGCAUCCGCCGAAAAAAGCCCCCAGCGAGAGAACGCCGUAAAAGCAGACCUCAAAGAAUCUUUAACCGACAACUUCAAUUUCGUCGCGAGGGACGCUUGGAUGAAGGAGCUCAAGUCAGUCAUCAAAGACGAAGUUCUUUCCAAAAAGAAAGACGACCGGGUGAAGAAAAAGAAGGUGGUGCUGUUGGAGGACGGACAGCCGUUCGUUCCUAUUCGGGACUGGCAGCCAGAGAUGCCACAGGAAAUGAUUUCCCCAAAAAUGGAGGGUAGUCUUUUGCCUCCCGCGCGGGACAACACAACGGCAACACCACAUGACCAGGACGAUGAGAUCUCACUUUACGUCAAGGCGGGCAGCGAUGGGGAGAGCAUCGGUAACUGCCCAUUUUCUCAGCGACUUUUUAUGAUCCUCUGGCUCAAAGGCGUCAUCUUCAAUGUCACCACCGUUGACCUCAAGAGAAAGCCUGCUGACUUACAAGACCUCGCUCCAGGCACCAACCCUCCAUUUAUGACCUUCAACGGAGAGGUCAAGAUUGAUGUCAACAAGAUCGAGGAGUUCCUAGAGGAGAAACUGGCCCCGCCGCGCUACCCAAGACUGUCACCGAAACAUCCAGAGGCCAACACAGCCGGCAUUGAUGUCUUUGCCAAGUUCUCUGCUUAUAUCAAGAACCCAAGGAAAGAAACCAAUGACGCCUUAGAGAAAGCACUGCUGAAGUCUCUUCGGCAUCUUGACGACUUCCUACGGACUCCCCUAGCAGCCGAGAUUGACUGCGAUGCCCCGGGAGACGUCCCAGAGUCCACCAGGAGUUUCCUGGACGGACCAGAGCUCACCCUGGCCGACUGCAACCUGCUUCCUAAAUUACACAUCCUGAAGGUGGUAGCCAAGAAAUAUCGUGGAUUUGAGAUCCCCGCAGAGAUGUCGGGCAUUUGGCGCUACUUGAACUGUGCCUAUCAGAGAGAGGAAUUCAACAACACCUGCCCAGCCGAGAGGGAAAUCGAGUUUGCCUAUGCCAAUGUUGUUAAAAAAGUUAAAUAAAAGCUACAGUUAUCCAGUAAUCGAGAUCGGAGGUGGGUAAAGUAUGGCUAGAGGGUAUUGGGUGAGGGGGG